CCGCGGGCUUCAUCUGGCUGCGGCUAGCCGCGCGUCGGGGGUUGCGUGAGCUGCUGUGAGGAAUUUGUGCACAAAAGGGGGCAGGGCAUGGCGGAUCGCCUGCCGCUGCUGCGGCCACGGUUCGCCGCAGCGAGUGACGGUGUGAGCGCCCGCCUCACACUGCUCUUGGCCACGCUCAGCAUCAUAGACCUGCUGGGUGUGCUGCCCAUCAUCGUGCUGCCGAGGACCAUAGCUGAGUGUGGGUGGUUGGGCAUCCCUCUGACGCUGCUGGUAUUUACGCUGCAGAUCUACACGGCGCUGCUUCUGGGCCGCUGCUGGAUCAUCGCAGAGACUCUACAUCCGGAUAUCGUCUACGACAGCAGGUAUCCAUAUGCGGCACUGGCUGAACUUUCCUACGGCCGCAAAUUUGGCAAGUUUGUGACCAUACUGCUAGACCUCCAUAUCUUCGGCAACGCAGUACCUGAUCUGAUCGUGGCGGCAGAGAACCUGCAGCUUCUGGGCCUCAAGUCGUCCUCCUGGGAAUUCGACUUCUCCUUCUGCUACUGGACGCUCGUCCUGGGCAUCUGUCUCUGCCCCAUCACCUGGCUCGGCACACCCAGGGACACCAAAUGGGUGACAACACUAUCAGUGAUGCUGGUGGUGUCCUCUGCGCUGCUGGUGUGGGCGUGUUUGGUCGCCAGCGGCGGCGAAUGGAGGCCCGUCCCACUCCCCGAUCCUGCCUGGGACUCUGUCGCUAUUGCAUAUGGCGUUCUCGCCUUCCAGUUUGACGUACAUCCACUUAUCCUUAGCGUGCAGAUGGAGAUGGACCGCAAGGACCAUCUCGGAUAUGCCAUCCUCGGAGCAUUCUUUGUGACGGGCGGCCUGUCGCUGGCGACGACGGGCGUGGUGCUGGCGCGGUUCGGCGGCGCGGCGCGCGCCAACCUGCUGCAGGGGUUCGCGUCCAGCCCGCAGCUCUACCUGGCGCUGCUGCUCGCCACGGCGCAGCUCUGCCUGGCGCUCGUGCUGUCCGCCGCGCGCUGCUUCGGCGACAUCGAGGACAAGCUGGGCAUGCCGCAAGGUUUCGGGUGGCAGCGGGCGCUGCUGCGCACGGCGCUGGUCGGUCUGGCGGUGCUGGCGGCGGAGGGCGUGCCGCGCUUCGACCUGCUGAUGGGGCUGGUGGGCGGGUCGCUGACGGGCCCGCUCAUGCUGCUGCUGCCGCCGCUCGUGUACGCGCGCCUGCGCACCAUGCAGGACCAGGCGCGCCGCGUCCCGGCGCCCGACUACACCGCCACCGACGACAGCGUCGACGAGACGCUGCCGCCGACUCUGCCACCUGUCGGCACUGCCGAGAGCGGUCUGCUGCGAGCGGCCGCGUGUCGCCUGCUGUCCCUGGAGGGAGCUUCGGAUGAGGGCCCCCUGUCCGUCUGGGAGACUCUGCUGGUCUCUUCUGUCGUCGUGGCGGGCAUCGCCGCGUCUCUGGCAGCCACCUACUUCAGUAUGCGCGACUCCAUCAACAUCGCCCAGUUCUCGCCGCCAUGUCUGCAGUAGCCGGUCGACCAUUCGGCCGGUCAGCGUCUUCCUUCCGGUGCCCUGUUUCUGGCAGAACACGUACCGUCUCUCCACCCACUAACUGUGACUGGCUCUCAACAAACAUUGCAUUUUCAACAUGGUUCAUCCAUAUGCAGUUGGGAGGAAAGACUUCGUCAUGUUGCGUUCGCAACUGCAUCCUGGUCAAUUCAGCGAAGCACCUCACUUUGUUCUCGUCAGAGACCGUACUCGAUCUGUAGUCAAGAGAUGCGAGCUUAUAGCGAGCAAUCAACUACCACACCCACACUGGUCAGCUCCUAGUUCACGUCCAUCAUCUCACCUAUACUAUAAUUUUAUGUCCAUAAUCCUGUUAUACCCAGAAUAUGUCACUCUGGAGCAGAGUAUGAGCUAACUUGCUGCGACAUUAAUGCUUUGUGCUGUACCAGUAUCUUGCCUUUCAUGUAUAUUUCUCUUACUACACUGCUGGCCACCGUAAAUGCAACACCAAGAAAGACAAGAGGUAGCACAACAAAAUUUAUUUUGUAGAUAACAUGUUGACCAAGUAUCAAAUGAUUACGUUUACAGACGUCUGUGACAUGUGGUUCCUGCCAGAAUCAGUAGCCAGAGUAGCCGCCAUUGUUGGAGAUCACCGCUGCCACACGUCUCGGCAUUGAGUCAAAGAGACGUUGGAUGUGUUCCUGCGGUACAGCAGCCCAAGCAGCUGCCACACGUUGCCAAAGAUCAUCUGGUGUGGCAGCUGGGGAUGUAAUCUGGGUCACUCGUAGAGCAACCUUGGACCACAUGUUUUCUAUCGGUGAAAGAUCCGGAGAGCGAGCCGGCCAGGGAAGCAGUUCAAUCUGGUUAUUGACGAAGAACCUUUGGACAAUGCGUGCCACGUGUGGUCGCGCAUUAUCCUGUUGAAAUAUGGCUGUGGCCGAGCCCUGAAGGUAAGGAAGGACAACUGGCUCCAGCACCUCGGAUAUGUAGCGCCGGCUAUUUAAAGUACCGGCAAUGCGUACUAGAGGCGUGCGAGAGUAAUAUCCAAUACCGCCCCAUACCAUAAUACCCGGUGCAAGACCAGUGUGGCGGUGCAUAAUACAGCUGUCCAGCAUCCUCUCUCCACGGUGUCUCCACACUCGAAUCCGACCAUCGUGGUGCUGCAGACAGAAGCGUGCCUCGUCAGUAAAGACAACGUCAUUCCCUUCUGCCGUCCACAUCCGUCUGUCAUCACACCAUUGGCGACGGAGACGUCUGUGGUUCUGCGUCAAUGGUAGACGAAGCAAUGGACGUCUUGCGGACACACCACUCUGCUGUAAACGGUGUCGAAUGGUACGCGCAGACACUGGAUGAUGUGUUACAGACGCAAUGUGCUGUGCUACGGUUCGGGAUGUCACUGAGCGAUCCGUCACUGCCAUGCGCACAAUUUGCCUAUCAGCACGUGCAGUGGUGCACCGAGGUGAAUGCGAUCGACCACGUCGGUCCGUCGUGCCCUCCUGCAUCCAACGGUCACAUAUCCGCAUUACAGUUGUUUGGUUUCGUCCAACACGACUAGCGAUUUCUCUGUAUGAUAAUCCACAAUCUCGGUAAGCCACUAUCCUUCCUCUGUCGAACUCGGAUACUUGAUCAAAAGAUGUUCGCUGUUGUCUACGAGGCAUAACUGAUCGUCUUGUGAAACAACCACAAGGUAAACACACGUGCCGAACGUACACUCGUCGAAAUCGCCAAGCCUUAAAUGGCGCUAUGAGGUGGCGCCACAGGCGCGCGUGAUGUGCGUCUGCGCUGAAAUUCUAAUCAGUUGCAUAUCUCAUCGCUGCAAACCCAUGGUGUAAAUUUCACUUGAUUCGGAUGCUUCCUUCAGGGUGUUGCAUUUACGGUGGCCAGCAGUGUAAUUGAGAUAUCCAGCCAAGACGUACGACCCAACUUCAUACCUUCAGUUAUGUCAGUACCACUCUCUUCGAGCCCUGCUGCAGCCUCUGUAAUGUUGUUCGUCAAGAGAGAAUUGGCCACUGCCUGGCGAUUCACAAAAUAAUCCGUCAAGCCAUCUGAAAACAAUGAAACUCUCUCUGCAUAACCGCUACAGUUUACAUCCAUUUUUGCCGGUAAUCUGAUGUAUGGACCGUGGUUCAAGGUAUAAUCGUCUUCCAUUGCGGGAGAGAUCAUCAGAGACUUUAAUGACUCAGAAAGCUAUUACACACUCAUACUAGCUCAGCAAACGAAAUUGUUUACAUGUAUUGCUGCAACGAUUUCUUCGUGCUAUCAUCAAGCAAUAUUCUGUCUCUCCUUAAAAUUUUUAUCCCUUGCACUCCAUUCCACCAACAGAUUGCCGAUUGAUUGAUGCCUCAUGCUGCAUCCUAUCAAUUGAUCCUUUCUUUUAGUAAAGUUGUGCCGUAAAUUUCUUAUUUCCCCAAUUUUCAACAUUCAUCUGUUGUACCACAUUUGAAAAGUUCCCAUUAUCUUCAUAUCUGAGCUGCUUGUCGUACACUUUUUACUUCCGUAAAAGUCUACACUCCAGUCAAAUACCGUCAGAAAAAACUUCCUAACAGUUAAAAUUUUAUUCGAUGUUAACAAAUUUCUCCUUUUCAGAAAUGCUUUUCCCAAUAUUGCUAGUCUGCGUUCUAUAUCCUCAUUACUUUGACCAUCGUCAGUUAUUUUGCUGCUCAAAUAGAAAAACUCUUACACUACUUUUAAUGUCUCAUUAACUCUAUCAGGGUCGGCUGAUUUAAGUCAACAUCAUUCUAUUACACUUGUUGAUAUUCAUCGUAUAAACUGUUUUCAAUUAACUAUCCAUUCCAUUCAUCUGUUCUUCCAAAUCUCUGAAAGAAUUACUUUGUCAUCGACAAUGUAGAGUUUUUAUUUAUUCUUCCUGAGCUUUAGUUCCAUUUCCAAUAUUUAUCUUCUUUUCCUUUAGUGCUCGCUCAAUUUACAGGUUGAAUAAUAUCGACGAGGGGCUACAACUAUUACAUUCCUUCUCAAUUCCUGCUUUCCUUUCAUGUCCUUCGAAUUCACUCUGGUUUCUGUAAGAGAUAUAUAUAAAUUUGCACUAUCUGUGUUUUACCAAGAGAAUUUGAAAGAAUAUAUUCCACUGAACAUUGUCAAAAGAUUUCUUUAAAUCUACAAAUGCUACACACACAAGCUUGUCUUUCAUCAGUCUAUCUUAUUUGAAGGUGAGUAUGAUAUUAUGUGUAUCUAAAUGCCUUAGGAACCCAAAAUGAUGUUGGUCCUAUCGGUCAGUGCAGAUAUGCGCACAUUGAACUAUCUUCCAACCACAUAUCUAAAAAUGCCCUUACUUAGAGUGUAUUACAAGUAUUUUUAAAACU